AUGUUUGCUCCUCUCUGUUUUUGUCUGAUAGCUGGAUGCACGUUUGACGAGGACUCCGACCCAGGCCUGUGUGAGUACAGACAGGGCCAGGAGGACGACUUCGACUGGCAGCUCAUUCGCACGUACAACUGGCCACACCCGACCCCUGACUUGCUGCGAGGUUCCUUCAUGAUGGUGAACUCCUCGCAGCACUACGGAGGCCAGCGUGCACAGCUGUUGCUCCUGCCGCUCAGUGAGAACGACACCCACUGCAUCCAGUUCAGCUACUUCCUGUACAGCCGCGACGGUCACAGUCCGGGAAAUCUGCAGGUCUUCAUCCGCAUCAACAACGGCCCCAAAGGCUCGGCCGUGUGGAACAUCUCCGGCUCCCAGGGACGGCAGUGGCACCCGGUGGAACUGGCCGUCAGCACGUUCUGGCCCAGUGAAUACCAGUGCCAGAUACUGCGGCGCAUCCUGACUCGCUGGCACCGUCAUAUCUGGACCUGA